CGGGUCUCUCCGCCAGUCGCAGCCGGAGAAGAGUAUCGACAGCACGCAUUUCCUGGAGCUCUCCGUUGUUACGUGAAACAGAAAAAUGCGCAAACAUUUGUUUUAUCCUGGGAGAAUGGCCGUUUCAUUCCGUAAGGGACCACGGGGAUUUCUCCGUCAGGAUCCGACUGACGCAGCCAAAGUCCUGAAAGACAACCCGUCUCUGCAGGACAAGUCUGCACCUGUCAAGGAGGAGCUGGUCAGGCAAAAUGCGCUGACUGUGGUCCGCCAGAGAGGAGGAGACCCUUCAGAUAAAACUGAAGUGUCUGGAGAUUACAUCCUGCAGUUUGGGAAGUACAAGGGGAAGUCCUUCCGCUGGCUUCUGGAGAAUGACAUUGGGUAUACCAUCUACCUGAUCAGGAACCAGCAAAAGGAGGAGGCUGCAGGAUUGUUCAUGGCAGCGGGGCACAACAAGGACAGCCUACUGUCAUUUGUGACCUAUUCCCUCAUCUUUCCAGAAAUCCAAUCUCUUCUCAGCUAUGAGGAACAAAAGCCAGUUGUGACAGCAGCAGCAUCGGAGGACGACCAGCUGGUUGGUUUUGGCUCUCGUGCCAACAACACCUGGCGAGAGAUUUGGGACAGCAGGGAGGAUGGCUAUUCAUCCUUCAUUGUGAAGACAAAGUGUGCUGCGGGGACAAAGAUGCACAAGCUCCAACUCUACCUCCAGAAGAAGCUGCAUCCACCCACCGUGUCCUCUCUGAUGACACACGCCUCACAUGCUCCUGCUGAAGCCAUUGUGAUGGAUGAAGAUGAAGAGCUGGAGAGAGCGAUGCUGGGUAUCUCUCCUUCCAAGCAACACGUGCAGAGCUCUGUUUUUGCAUCAUCCUCAUCGUCAUCAUCUGCCAGAGAACGACAGCCUUUGAGAAGAGAAAGAGGUCUUUAACCCAAAGCGUCCUGCCGUCGACCGACACAACUGGGACCAUGAAUUCUUAUCCCACAUGAAGCAUGACUAUUCUCAUCCCGUCUCAUGUUGACCACGUUCUGGUCAUGUUUGUCUUUUGGUGUUCUACCUAUUGUCCUAGUGACUAUGAAUUGAUUCCAGUCAUGAUGAGGGUACGUAUCAGUCUUUGUUUUCUUAUAUGGAUGAAAAGAAAAAAAUGUACAUGUGAAACUGAUGUGUUACUAACACCUGAUUGCAUGUGUUUGAUGUGUUUGAAGUGUGUCCUGUUGCUUCCCCUGCCUAGGUUAAAUCACAAUGACUGGCUACUGAAUAUUAACCCAUUCCAACAUAAACACAUGUAUGAAUGAAGUAUAUUCUUUAUAUAAUAAUGUUAGAAACAGUCAGUUUGAUUGGAUUUGGCAGAAAAAAGCAGGUGAAGUAAAGAUAUUUUUUGCCUUUACUAACAGUAGUUUUUUGUGUAUUGUCAAAAUAUCAAUAACAAACAAGGGUAUAAAUAACAAACAAGGGUUUUUCCGUUCCAGUACCAUCUGCUACACUGGCUGCACCAGCCAAGGCUAAGGGUUCACAAGUAGAUGGUAAAUGUAUCAACAUUAUGUCUAUUCAUUGAAACAUUAUCUGUCAUAUUGACUGUGCUUAUAUUAGUUAUAAACCAUGAAUUGAUUCUUGUUUUGUGAUCCUUCUCUCCUUGCAGCCCCUGCAUUACCAUCCGUAAAGAGACCUGUGCCCGUUCCCCAGGAGCUCAUGUGUCUGAUGCCCGAAGGAGCAGCUCAUCUGUCAACAGAGGCGACUGCCACAGUUCCUGGAUCAGAGGAGCUCCUGAUUUCUCCUGAGACGUCUGCAGAGCCCGGUCAACUGCCAACUCCACACAGAGAUCAAAGUGAGCCUUUACCCAGGCCAAUAGCUGUCCCCACCUGUCCUCCUCCACAGCUUCCUGGCUACGACCACGAUGUCAGCCAGUGGAACUGUUCACAGCAGCAGAGGAUCUGGAUGAAGACGGAGCUGGAAUCUAUGGGUCUCUGGCCAGGUUCCAUUCCUGUGCGGAACCCCAUGAAGAUGGUGUCAUUGUGGCGUUUGCCUCCCCAGCCUGAAUUGAUUGACAGCAUCUCCGAUCUUCCUUCCCCAAAGUACUUUCAGCUCCAUCCAUUUUUUAUAUGGAAGCCAGAGAACAAUAACCUCAUGGGGAGGAUGAGGAACAACGACACUCUGCCGUGUAUGGGAGGUUGUGCACGGCCUCAAGUUGCCUCUGCAGGUGUUGGUAGACCUCGUGUCGUUGUUGGCAUCACUGGACAGUACUACCUGUUGUCAUCCAGGCUGUGCUGCAAAGUGUGCAAAAAAAAGUGGUACGCUGACAACCCACUGUGGCUUGACAAACUCCCAAAGAGGUACACAAACCUCUUGCCAGCCAUCCUGACGUACAAGAAGGCAAUAUGUAAAUCCGUCAUGGACGAGCUCAGGCGGACAGGUAACUCCCCCAGCGGCAUGACAAAGCAGGUAAUGGAGGUGAUGCACUUGAAGUUUGAACGGGCUCACCUGGCCCACCUCCUCAGCUGCCAAAAUGUCAUGGAUGGGGAGGCAGGACAGUAUGACCAAAGAACCAUCACUCAGUUCUUGCGACAGGAAACAAAGCCGGCUCCCUUCGGCGAGUACAGUGAUUCAGAUGGCUGGAACGGGAACAUUGUGUCUUCUCACUACCUGGCUGACUGCUUGCUGCACGAGUACCAACACCAGGAGAGUGCCAUCAACACACUUUUACAGGGGACCUUUGGACAGGCUUUCCGCUCAGACCACACCCGCAAAAUUGCGAGGAAGGUCACCUUUUCAUCCGGCACCAUGUCCUCGUAUGCGGUCAUGAAUGAGAACUGGAUGAUCCUUUCAUGGGUGAUGGUGCAGUCUGAGACGGAGAAGUCCCUGAAGCCCAUGCACGAGGGACUAGCACGGCGCUACAGCACAGCAGGCAUAGAGAAGGCACAAUACCACUGGGUAGACAGGGAUUGCUGUGCAGCAUUCAAAGUGGCAGAAUCGUAUGCAGGAGAGCAUCUGAACUGGGAUUCUUGGCAAACAACUGAUGCCAUCGUUGCCCAGGCUACUUCUGGUAACCUGCUGAACACGUGUGCGUCACGGUCCCAUUUCAGUGCCAACUUGAGCAUCAAGCUGGACUUAUUCCACUGCAUGAGGAGGUUCCUCCGUGAGUGUGUGACAGAGCAUCAUUCACUGUACAGUUCUUUUGCUCAGUUCCUGUCUGCAGCCUUUUCUGUGGUGGAUCAGGAAGACCUGCAGAGGCUUAAAGACGCCUAUGCCUUCUGUGGGAUUCAGCCUGCCAUCCCAACCAAGCCACACAUUCGGGAGCACUGCAGGACCAGGAUCACACAGCCGGAGGAGCUCAUCAAGAGGGUGGAGGGAGUUUUACAGCAGUUUCACCUGGCCAGUGAUCCAAAUGGCGCUCCUCUCUUCAAGCCCUCAAUGCUGAAGCUAUGGCGGAUCCAGCGGGUGCACAUCCUGCGAGGUUGCCUGAGUGAUCCCGUGGUUGAAGGAGGGAUUUUGUACAGGCAUGGAGGAUCUCUGCAGCUGAAUCAUGUGCAGGGUGAAGGGGCCAGAGUUCCCAUUUGGAUCCCCAUCAGAGGCACAUCCCAGCAGGAGGGAUAUCACUUCCACCAGGCUCAGUGGGUCACUGGAACACGUGUUUCCCCAGAGCUGUUUCAAGCACAGGGGAUGACUGGCGUGGCGCGGUGGAAUUACCAGCACCUGGUGGACUUGAAGCAGCCUGGUGUCCACCUCCCAGCCGUCUUUGAUCCUGCAUUAAUGGCCCAGCUCAACGCAGUCUCCGAACGGGAGUUGGGACACAUGAAAUAUCCAGCAUUUCAUCUCUCUAGCAGAGACACUGGAGAGAAGUUUGGCCUGCAGUACUCUGAGCCAGGUUGCCGCCCAAUUCCUGUGGACUGGGACAAGCACAGGACCAAGACAGACUCUGCCCCGGCCCUGAGUCCACCUCCUCAAAGCAGCGCGCCGACUGCCCAGUCAUCCUCAUCCUCAAUGGCACCCCUGAAGCUGUUUCAGUUUCCUCCACGCCCUGCUGCAGAUUCUGCUGUCAAACCAGACGUGACUCCCGGGCCUCAGACAGAUCCAGAAACAUGUCGGCCGUCUCUGCCCCUGCUGUCCUCACCGACUGCCGCUCGCACUGGACCUGUGAAGACAGGAGGGAGAGUGUUUGUGUUGGACCACAAGCGGUGGCCGGCACCCAUGAAGGCAGCUAUUGACAACCUGCUCAAUGAACACCGUGGGAUGAAGGACAUGCUCAAGCUUGUGGACCAGGGCUAUGCUGCUCUAGUUCACAACUCCUGUACAGACCCAAACAGCAUGCUGCACCCAACAACAAAACAUCACAUCUUACAAUAUGUCAAACACCUCUGCAAAUUACUAAACACCAGCUCAUCUUUGAACACCAGCCCAGAAAAACUGCAAGAGAGGCAGGAACUCUGGCACUCUCUGACAAAGGGCAGUGAGACUACCCGUGUGCCAGUUGUAACUAUGCCUGUUGCAGUCGUUAACCCACCGCCACCUGGUCAGACCCUUACGAAAGCCUCCAUUGAGGAAAUUGUCCAAAACAUCCUAGACAAGCAACAGCAGCAUCAGCAGCAACAACAACAACAACCAGUGCACAAAAAGAAGCAGACAAAAACGUGCCUGUCCUGUGGCCAGCCAAAGUCCAGGUAUGAGAAUGAUGGUUCCUCCAUCCACUUCUUUUACCAGCAGGGCCCCGUCAGGUACUUUUACUGCUCCAAUAAAGUUUUUAAAGCUUAUGGUGCUGAAGGUCUGACAAACCCCAAAAUGCCCUUUAAAGACUUUGCAGGAACAAAGUUCUUUCAGCAGGAACUGUAUUCCACAAAGAAAAGGGUGGAGGAGAGAGGCCAGCAAAAGAGGAAGAGGACUGAAUCUCAGCACACGGAAUCCCGAGACACUGAAUCCCAGCACACUGGUCCAAGGUGUCGCUUCUGUAGGAUGGGACUGAAGCAGGGCCCAAACAGUCCUCAUAUUCACACCGGGUUCCCUGGAGUAACAGGGAAGUACGUGUAUUGCCCUGCUAAAGUAUGUUCCCUGUACAAAGACCAGGGCAUGGGGAAGGAGAUGACAUGGAGAGAGUUCCAGGUGUCUGCCUUUUAUGAGACAGAAAAAAACAGAUGGGCAGUUGAAAAGAGAAAAUAAGAGAAAUGGGGAGUGUUCUGUCAUGUAUAUAUUCUCUCUUUUUAAUAUUUACAUUCUUUUUAUUAUAUUUUUUGUACAAAUUUGUGUUGUGUUUGUUUGACCUUGCACUAUGGCCUCUGUUCAAUAUUUACUGUCCCUGUUGUGGUGAAUAAAUAUAUUUCAUGGA